AUGUCUUCCCAGCAGGACAAGUCCUUCAUGGGCAUGCCCGGCUUCGUUGUCGACUUCCUGAUGGGUGGUGUUUCCGCCGCUGUCUCUAAGACUGCUGCCGCCCCCAUCGAGCGUGUCAAGCUCCUGAUCCAGAACCAGGAUGAGAUGCUCAAGCAGGGUCGUCUUGACCGCAAGUACAACGGUAUCGUUGACUGCUUCAAGCGCACCGCCGCUCAGGAGGGUGUCGUCUCUCUCUGGCGUGGUAACACCGCCAACGUCAUUCGUUACUUCCCCACCCAGGCUCUUAACUUUGCCUUCCGUGACACCUACAAGUCCAUGUUCGCCUACAAGAAGGACCGUGAUGGAUACGCCAAGUGGAUGAUGGGUAACCUUGCCUCCGGUGGUGCUGCCGGUGCCACUUCCCUCCUCUUCGUCUACUCCCUGGACUACGCCCGUACCCGUCUGGCCAACGACGCCAAGUCUGCCAAGGGUGGCGGUGACCGUCAGUUCAACGGUCUCGUUGACGUCUACCGCAAGACCCUCGCCUCCGACGGUAUUGCCGGUCUCUACCGUGGUUUCGGUCCCUCCGUUCUCGGAAUUGUCGUCUACCGUGGUCUGUACUUCGGCAUGUACGACUCCAUCAAGCCCGUUCUCCUGGUUGGUCCUCUUGAGGGCUCUUUCCUCGCUUCCUUCCUGCUCGGCUGGACUGUUACCACUGCUGCUGGUGUUGCUUCCUACCCUCUGGACACUGUCCGUCGUCGCAUGAUGAUGACCUCUGGUGAGGCCGUCAAGUACAAGUCCUCCAUGGAUGCUGCCCGCCAGAUCGUCGCCCAGGAGGGUGUCAAGUCCCUCUUCAAGGGUGCCGGUGCUAACAUCCUCCGUGGUGUUGCCGGUGCUGGUGUCCUGUCCAUCUACGAUCAGGUCCAGCUCAUCCUCUUCGGCAAGAAGUUCAAAUAG